UCAAUUCAUCAUAAUCAACGCCGUCUCUCAAAAUCCUCUGAAAUUAAUCUCAUCAUCAGUGAUGGCACCGAAAGGAGCGGAGAAGAAACCUGCCGGGAAAGCACCGGCGGAGAAACUACCAAAGGCGGAGAAGAAGAUCAGCAAAGAAGUAGGAGGAAGCGAGAAGAAGAAGAAGAAAUCGAAGAAGAGCGUGGAGACUUACAAGAUCUACAUCUUCAAGGUUCUGAAACAAGUCCAUCCAGAUAUCGGGAUCUCUGGGAAAGCUAUGGGGAUUAUGAACAGUUUCAUCAACGACAUCUUCGAGAAACUCGCUCAGGAAUCGUCUAAGCUCGCUAGGUAUAACAAGAAGCCGACGAUUACGUCGAGGGAGAUUCAAACCGCCGUGAGACUUGUCUUGCCUGGUGAACUCAAACUACCAAAGGCGGAGAAGAAGAUCAGCAAAGAAGUAGGAGGAAGCGAGAAGAAGAAGAAGAAAUCGAAGAAGAGCGUGGAGACUUACAAGAUCUACAUCUUCAAGGUUCUGAAACAAGUCCAUCCAGAUAUCGGGAUCUCUGGGAAAGCUAUGGGGAUUAUGAACAGUUUCAUCAACGACAUCUUCGAGAAACUCGCUCAGGAAUCGUCUAAGCUCGCUAGGUAUAACAAGAAGCCGACGAUUACGUCGAGGGAGAUUCAAACCGCCGUUAGACUUGUCUUGCCUGGUGAACUCUCUAAGCAUGCUGUUUCUGAAGGCACCAAGGCGGUUACCAAAUUCACUAGUUAG